AUGUCGGCUCCUCAGCUCAAAGAUGCUUCGCUCUUCGUGGGCAAGAACUGGCUCGACAACCAGUGGGUGGAAUCCGAGUCGGGCAAGCGAUUCGACGUCACCGACCCGGCGACCGGCGCGUUAAUCGGAUCCUGUCCCGAGUCCACAGCCAAGGACGCCGAAAAGGCCAUCCGCGCCUCCGCCAUUGCCCUGCCGCUCUGGCGCUCGCGCACCGGCCGAGAGCGCGCGCGCAUCCUGCGUCGCUGGUACGACCUGGUCAUGGAGAACAAGGACGACUUGGCCACCAUCAUCACCUGGGAGAACGGCAAGGCCAAGCCCGAUGCCGUCGGCGAGGUCGUCUUUGCCGCCAGCUUCUUGGAGUGGUACGCCGAGGAGGCGGCUCGCAUCUACGGCGACAUCAUUCCCCACAGCAAUGGCAGCUUCCGCACGUCUGUCUUGAAGGAGCCCGUUGGUGUUUGCGGUCUCAUCACCCCAUGGAACUUCCCCGCCGCCAUGGUCACCCGAAAGGUCGCUCCCGCUCUGGCUGCUGGUUGCACCGUCGUCAUCAAGAGCGCCGGUGAAACCCCCUUCGCCGCCAACGCCCUGGCCGUCCUCGGCGAGAGGGCCGGUGUCCCCCCCGGCGUAGUCAACAUCGUGUCUGCCCUCAACAACACCCCCGAGAUCGGGCUGACGCUAUGUGAAUCCGACAUUGUCAAGAAGAUCUCCUUCACCGGCUCCACCCGGGUCGGAAAGAUCCUCAUGCGCCAGUCCAGCGACACCCUCAAGAAGCUGAGCCUCGAGCUGGGCGGAAACGCUCCCUUCAUCGUCUUCGACGACGCCGACCUGGACCUGGCCCUCAACGGCGCCAUCAUCAGCAAGUUCAAGUCCUCUGGCCAGACCUGCGUCUGCUCCAACCGCAUCUUCGUGCAAAAGGGCAUCUACCCCGAGUUCAUCCGCAAGCUCAAGGAGGCCGUCAGCCAAUUCCAAGUGGGGAACGGGUUCGACAAGAAGACUACGCAUGGCCCGCUAGUCACCCCCGUGGCUGCAGAGCGAGUUUCUGGUCUCGUCGAAGACGCCAUCAAGCUCGGAGCCAAGGUGGAGAUUGGAGGCAAGAAGCGAACCGACCUGGGCCCCAACUUCUACGAGCCAACCAUCCUCAGCAACGUCAACGCCAACAUGCGACUCGUCUCGGAGGAAAUCUUCGGACCUGUCGCGCCCAUCUUCCAGUUCGAGACCGAAGACGAGGUCAUCGUGGCUGCCAACAACUGCGACGUUGGAUUGGCUUCAUACAUCUUCACCCAAGACAUCAACCGUGCUACCCGUUUCACCGAGACGCUCCAGUACGGCAUGGUUGCAGUCAACACUGGCAUCAUCUCCGAUGCCUCUACUCCUUUCGGCGGCAUCAAGCAGUCUGGUCUCGGGCGUGAGGGCAGCAAAUAUGGUAUUGAGGACUACCUUCAGACAAAGACAAUCGUCACGGGUAACGUCCAAGUCGUCCAUCGAGCAUACCUAUAA